GGGUGAGGGAGGGAGUAGUGCCGUGGCGCGUACUGACCCCCGUCUUGCCCGCGCCGCACAGGAGAACUGCUCGGAGCUGGAGGCGCAGGUCGAGGCGCAGGUCCGCGCGCUCGUGCUGGCGCUGGAGGAGCGGCGCGCCUCGCUGCUCGAGUUCGUGCGCGCCGACCGGGACGUGCGGCUGCGCGCGCUCCGCGAGCAGGUGACUCAGUGCACGGGCAAGCUGCAGCAGACCACGGGCCUCAUCCAGUUCUGCAUCGAGGCCCUCAAGGAGACGGACCCACCCGCCUUCCUGCAGGUCGGCUCCAUGCUUAUCACACGGGUGGCCAACGCGGACCUGACCUGGUACAAGGACGUGGCCACGCAGGCCAGGAUAUCGCCGCACGCCGACCUCACCUUGGACGACCAGUCGGCGCGCCGCGCCAUCACGCACCUCAACUUCAUCCAGAUGAAACGUGAGUCCCGGGGCGGUGCGAGUGAGGGUGGCAGAGACAGAAUGGCGAUGAUUGCGUAGCCGUCGUAUAGCUGGAGGGAGAAAGGGGAUGCCUCUCGAAUUAUCUGU